GUUAUUAUUUUUAUGUUAUUACUUUUUGUCUUGUUAUUAAAAACACACAAUUUUUUGCACUUAAUAUUUGCAAUGUUAAUAUUGAAACCUAUUUACUUCAUAAUCACUUGUAUUGCUUUCAAAAUUAAUGACAGUAUCUAGUCAUUUUUUAAUUUUUUUUGUGCUUGAAACAUCUUUUUAAAUCAUAGUCUAGUCAAUGAUAUCUAACUCGUUUUCAUUUUUCGUGUUUUACUGGUAAAUUUAAAUACUCAAAAAGUUUUAUUGUAUUUUUACAACAAUAUUAAAUGUUGAUUAACAGAGGUCGUCUUAUAAUUGGAUAGUAUAAUUGGUUCCUUCGUUUUUAAGCAUAAGUUACUAUUAAAGUUCAUUAUUUAUUUGAAUUUUAUAAUUCAAUAUUAUAUAAGAUCAAAAAUGUAUGUUAAAUGUAAAUAAAUAAAUAGGGACAAAAAAGAUAUAUAGCUGUAAUUAUUUUUUACAUUUCUGUCAUAUUUGUUUUUUGCUCUAGUAUAAUAGGUCAACUAGAGUUGGUUAAAGUAUUUAUAAAAAAAUAUUGUUCAUUUUAACACAAAUCUAUUUUAAUAAUUUGUAUCUUUAUAAUAUACUUAAUGAAGAAUAAAAACAAUUUCCCUCCCUAAUUUUAGUAUCAAGUUACAAAAAUAUUUAUUUAGUUAUAAACUACUUAUUAUCAUAUUAAAAAUAUUCAUUGCCUUUAUUGUAUAAAUAUUAUGGCUAUUUUUUAUAUAUAUAUGAAUUGUACAAUAAUUGGUUAGUAGUACUUUUUAAUUAAUCGCUCAUUGCAAUAAACAUAUAUGAUAUUGUUUAUUGUUGAAACUGUUCUUUUGCCAAAUUUUAAUGCUAAUAUUUAAUUGUGAUGUAAAUAGAAAAUAAAAACAUCAGCAGUUGACAUUUAUAUUUCAAAUUAUAUAAAGUUAAUGAUUGAAAGAGAUAUCUUAAAUCACUAUGUAUGUAUGUCGAUAUUAAUCUUAUCAAGAUGUAGUUCUUUUCUUUAAGUAAAAAUGUUAGAUGCCAAUUUUAAUAAUUAAAAUGGCAGACUUAUGAUUUGUAUUAAAUUUGUUGUCAUUACUAUUAAAUUUAUUUUCAUUUAGGAUUAGGAAAUAUAAUUUUAAUUUCUUUCUAUUGGAGCUCAUUUUAAGAGAUAAGUAACCAUAUUAAAUGAGACAUAAUGUUGACAUAUUUUAUACUUUUAUAAGGCUAUUUGAUUUGUGGUUGUAAUACAUUUUUUGUUUAUUUAAACUUAUAUAAACUAAUACAUUUUAGAUAUGUACAGCAUUUAAUAAUUACCUAAGACUGAACGAGACUGUUGUAUUUGUUUUUCCUUUAGUAUAUGUUAUAAUUUUUACUCAAAAUUACUCUCGUCUUAGUCUUCUGCCCUUUAAUAUAUUUAUAAUAAUUAUAAAAUAACUGUUAGUACAAAACAAGAAUACUUGUAAAUAUUCUGUCUGUGUACUUUAAAAAAAAUUAUCUCUUUUUGUACUGCCAACUCUUGUUCAUCUUUUGGCGAUUAACUUUUUUUGUACAUUCAAACUAAUUUAGAAAUUAAAAUAAAUAUUAAAAAAUAAACAUAGAAUAUAAGUUAUAAAAGUAUGUUCAUUUAUUAUGUACUUUAUUUAUCUUAUGUACCUAAUAUUUCUAACACCUGUUUGUCGAUACAAGGUCACUAUGAAAAAUAAGUAUUGUUUUAGUGUAACACAUGUACCAUUUGGGACUACCUUGCAUUAGUUAUUUGUAUUUAAACAUAGUAUGUAUUACACCAAGUCGUUCUGUUUUUGGUGUGCUUUUUUAUUUGAACUACUGCAAUUACAAACAAUCAAAUCUUCAGAAACUUGUGAUAGAUUGUUUACUAAUGAUUUAUCGCCAGAGCAAAUUCUUAGAUGGUUGACGGAUCCAUGUCGUUAUGAUAAAACCGUUGCGCCAAAAAAAUCAGCUCCUAACCUUCCUAUUGUAAUUUCCACUAAGAUUCAUGUUUAUUAUAUGACAUCUGAUUACUCUCGGAAUACAGAUUUCAAAGUUUGUUUGCUUUUGCAAUUUCGAUGGAGAGAUAUUCGGUUGAGUUAUGGUUAUUUAACAUUGAAUGACGUUACAGAAGUGAUAAGUCGAAGAAUUAUUCUUGAGCGAAUUUGGAUUCCUAACAUCUACAUAACAAACGAAAGACAUUCAUUAACGCUUGCGGAUUUUACUGAUGACUUGUCAGUCACUGUGUUGCCUGAUGGAUAUGUCAUGUUUGCAGUCAGAUUAAAGACAUCCGUAUUUUGUUGGUUGAAACUUGGAAGAUUUCCAUUCGAUCAUCAGCAAUGUCACCUCAUUCUGGAAAGCUGGAGAUAUGAUAUAAGCCAAUUAACUUUGAAAUGGGAAAUGAUGUCACCGGUAACCGUAACUGUUAGAGAUUCUUGGGUACCAUAUCUUACUGAGUACCAACUACUGAAAGUCACACCGCAUGAUGCUAAUUAUUAUACAGAACCAAUGGCCCUUAAUUCGUAUUCUUCAUAUCAAUAUUCAUCUUUGACUCUAACAUUUUUAUUAGUCAGAGAGUAUGGAUACCAUAUUAUGGAUUAUUAUUUACCCAGUGUGCUUUUUGUAAUACUUUCUUGGGUUUCAUUUUGGAUGACCCCAGAGGCAGCACCUCCUCGUGUAUUAUUAGGGACCAGCACAAUGCUUACCUACUUUCAAUUGGGUGUUGAGACGGGUUCACAGUUGCCAAAUGUGUCAUUGAUUCGAUCUAAUGACGUGUGGUUCAUUGUUUGCACUGCAUUCAUAUUUCUUUCUUUAGUAGAAUUUGCAUUAGUGAAUACUAUUUGGCGAUAUGGACAGAAAACUGCUAAAAUAAAAAGCAAAUCUGUCAAGCAAAUGUUAAAAUGUUCUAUGAAUAUCACAGAAAUAGCAAAAGGAAAAAAAUCCUAUAAUUCAGACAACGGUUCGUUUUUAAAUCAAAGACGGACAAAAAAUGCAACAGUGUUAAAUUCUGAACUUCCAUAUUCAAUGGAAAUGAAAGCAAUGGGCAGAGUAAAAUUUAAAGUUUCUAAAGAAACUAACCGACAGCUCAAUGGAGGUGUAAAUAUAACUAGUCAACAAAUAGCUGUUUGGAUUGAUGAAAAAUGUAGAAUUGUGUUUCCAGUAGCAUUUGUUUUAUUUAACACGAUAUAUUGGAGUAUUCUGUGGGUGUAAUGAAGUCAAUAUAUUUUAAUAUUCGAGUCUCUUAGAUGUGUAUUCGAAAAUGUGUUAAAAUAUUAUACAGGGUGUUCAGUAAGUCAGGAAACGGGUUUCUAUUGUUCUCAUUGUUACAAUCAAUGAGAACAAUAGAAACCCGUUUCCUGACUUACUGAACACCCUGUAUGUAUUGUUAUAGAAAAAUAAAUCAUAAUAGAAAUAUUGAAUAGUAAAAAUUAUUCAAAUAUUUUUAUUAAAUUAAGUGUUAAUUUAUAUAAUUUUAAGUCAUUAUUUUUACAAAUAUUUUUAAAAUUAUUGGAAUAAAAAUAAUAUAAUUCAAAAUUAUGUUUAAAAAUAAGAAGUUUAAACCAAAA